CCCAAAACCAGAUUUCAUCUCGAAUUAAAUUUAAAUCACCCCAAUCCAAGUGGAGUAUUUGAAAAGCAGCAUUACUGAGCCAGUUGUAAGUUGUAACCAAAAGUCAGUUACAAAACUGAAACGUCUUUUUUGUUGAACCGUUUAAUUUUUUACCCUAAUCCCCUGUCUUAUAUAACCCCCUCUCUCCCUCACUUCUCAACCGCCUCUCUCUCUCUACUGUUCAAACUAUUCUCUCUCUAUUGUACAUGGAUCGUACCAAGGGCCCGUGGAGCGCGGAGGAGGACGAGCUGCUCACAAAGCUCGUCGACGAGCAUGGAGCCCGGAACUGGACCGUGAUCGGAAACUCCAUUCCCGGGCGAUCAGGGAAGUCCUGUAGGUUGCGGUGGUGCAAUCAGCUCUCGCCGGAAGUGAAGCACCGCGCGUUCACGGCGGAGGAAGACGAUAUCAUCUUCAAGGCGCACGCGCAGUACGGUAACAAGUGGGCGACGAUUGCGAGGCUUCUCAACGGCCGAACAGACAACGCGGUGAAGAAUCACUGGAACUCGACUCUCAAGCGUAAGUUCGUUAGCUCUCCCGGAAGCGAGGAGCGGAGCUGCCGAGUCAUGAAAAGAUCGGAGAGUGUGAGUGAUAAGAACGGAUCGGAGAUCAGUGAUUCGUGUAACUCGGAGGAUUGGAAUGCGGGGAAAGAGAAAGCGUUUGUGAUGGAGCCUCCGACGGCUCUGACAUUGUCUUUGCCGGGGACGGGGACGGAUUAUUAUGACAUAAAGGAGAAAAGAGGGGAAAAGAAUGGGGAGGGAGUUGUUAGGGUUAGUGAAGAUGUGGUUAAUGUGAUGAAGGAGAUGAUCAAGGUGGAGGUCAGGAAUUACUUUGAGAAGGAAGGGGGAGUGAGGAAUGCUGGGGUGAAGAGGAUUGGAAUUAAUUGAUUAGGGAUUAAUUUUGUUUAUCGGUAACGCAGAUUAAAGGGGAAGAUGAUAAAUCGAUCUAGAACAAAUUUGUUUUGGAGGGUGUGGUAUUUCGUACACAUGUUGUUUGAUUAUGGAUCGACAUAUGUGGUGGUCUGGUGGAUGUUGGUGGGAGGAAAAUUUUAAAAAAAUUGGCAAAACACAUAGUAGUGAAGAAAAAAAAUUACUAUAUUUACUAUGGUACUUUAUUCGAAAUUAUAAUUGCUUUAAAUUAUUUAUGAUCUCAUAAUUUCGAAUUUCAAAAUAAGUCUUGUAAAAAAAAUGUGUUCAGUUAAUUCUGAUGACUUUAAAACAGUAUUAUUAGCAUUCUUAUUUUCUCCUCGUAUGAUCUAUAUAUCAUGAACUAGUUGAGAAGUCGCGUGUUGCGACGGUCUAUAAAAAUUAUAGUAGUAUUAAUGAUGCAUUAUUAAUAUUUGUAGAAUUAAAUAAUUUUGUGGUUGUCUAUAA